AUGUCAUUAAUAUUACCAGAAACUACUAGUGACAACCCAGAUACAUCAGUAUCAUUAACUGAUAUCACCAAGCCAGUGUUAUCCUUGCUUGAUAUUACGAAGCCAAUGUUAUCCUCGCCUUAUAUCACCAAGCCAGUGUUAUCCUUGUUUGAUAUUGCCAAGCAAGUGUUGUUCUUGCUUGAUAUCACCAAGCCAGUGUUAUCCUCGCCUGCUAUCACCAAGCCAGUGUUAUUCUUGCAUAAUAUCAGCAAACCAAUGUUAUGCUCGCCUGCUAUCACCAAACCAGUGUUAUAUUUGUCUGAUGUCACCAAGCCAGUGAUAUACUUGCCUAGUGUCACCAAGCCAGUGUUAUCUUUGCCUGAUAACCCCAAGCCAGUGAUAUCUUUGCCUGAUAUUGUGGAACCCUGGUAG